UAAAACUGCAAAACUGAGUAAAGUGAAUAAUAGCAGAUACUAGCUCAAUGGCGCGUGGCAAGAAACAGAAUCCAUUUGCAGCUAGAAAACGACAAAAGCGUGCAAAUGGUGCUCCGGAGCGACCGGAUCGACGUGCCGAGCCCUACAAGGAAAUCGAGCGUGACAAUGCGGCCUUCAUUAAGUACUAUCACCUGCAGAACAUCUGUGCCGACGAGGAGGAAUGGACACAAUUCUUGGCCAGCAUUCGGGAAAAUCUGCCCACCACAUUUCGUGUAACCGGCUUCAAGGAUGAAGCCAAGGCGUUGCUGAACAUAAUUAAGACGCAGCUCUUCACCGAGUAUGUGCGCGCUGUGGCCGAACUGCACGAGCUGCCCGCCGAGCAGGUGGAGCGCCCCCUCUGCCUGCCCUGGUAUCCAAACGGAAUGGCCUAUCAGCUGCACUUGACUCGGAAGGACAUUCGCCGCUCGGAGCCGCUGUUUCGGCUGCACAACUUUCUCAUUGUGGAGACAACGGCGGGUAGCAUAAGUCGUCAGGAAGCGGUGUCCAUGAUUCCGCCCCUGGUGCUCGACGUUCAGCCAACGGACAAGGUGCUGGACAUGUGCGCCGCGCCUGGCUCAAAGACGGCACAGCUCAUCGAAGCCCUACACGCGUCGCCGGAGCAGCACAAAAUUCCUCCCGGGUUCGUGCUGGCCAACGAUGUGGACAACAAUCGCUGCUAUAUGCUGGUCCACCAGGCUAAACGCCUGAAUUCCCCCUGUCUGCUGGUGACCAACCACGACAGCAGCUUCUUUCCCAAUCUGCUGCAAACGGAUGUAGCCACCAACGCCAAGACCAUCCUGAAGUUUGAUAAGAUCCUGUGUGACGUGCCCUGCUCCGGCGAUGGCACGCUGCGGAAGAAUCCGGACAUCUGGAUGAAGUGGAACCUGGCUCAGGCCUACAAUCUGCACGGAGUUCAGUAUAGAAUCGUGCGCCGAGGCGCUGAGAUGCUGGCCGUCGGUGGACGCUUGGUGUAUUCCACUUGCUCGCUGAAUCCCAUAGAGAAUGAGGCGGUGCUGCAGCGUAUCAUCAAGGAUUCGGAGGGAGCUUUGGAGCUGGUGGAUGCCUCGCAUCUGGUGCCGGGUCUCAAAUAUAAGCCGGGCAUGACCGACUGGAAGCUGGCCACCAAGGAGGUGGACGCCAUCUACACUUCCUUUGACCAGGUGCCCGAGCAGCUGCACACAAUCAUACGGCCGACGAUGUUUCCCCUGCCCGCCGCGGAGAUGUCCCAAAUCGGCAUAGAGAAGUGCAUGCGGGUACUGCCCCACUUGCAGGACAGUGGCGGCUUUUUUGUGGCCGUCAUCGAGAAGCGGCGUCCGCUGAACUUCGAGAAGAAUGACCUAGAGGAUUUGCUGAAGAAGGCUGAACUGCUGGAGAAACCAGAGCAGCCGGAGGCUCAGCUCGACGAGUCGGGCAAGCCGGUGGAAGACGAGAAGUCUGUGCCGUGGGGACCACAACGGAAGCGCCGACGCCUCCAUGGCUACAAAGAGGAUCCGUAUGUGUUCUUUGACGAGGAUGAUGCUGACUACGAGAGCAUACGGCAGUUCUACCAGCUGAAUGAGACGCUCAACAAGCGCUGCCUGCUCACUCGCUGCAAGACGGAGCGCAAGAAGAACAUCUACUACUGCUCCGACCCCAUAAGAGAUCUGGUGAUCAAUAACGAGAGCAACAUCAAGAUCAUCAAUACGGGCGUGAAGACGUUUGUGCGUUGCGAAAAUCGUCAUACGGUGCAUCCGUAUCGCCUGGCCCAGGAGGGUCUGCAGACGUCGAAUGCCUUCAUUGGCAGCAGUAGGCGCAUACAGGUGGAGCGCGAGGAUCUGAUCCUGCUGCUGAACUGCACGGAUCCAACGAAGCCGCCGUCGACGCUUGAGCUGAAGCCAGAGACGCAGCAGCGUUGCAAAGAGCUAGGCGUGGGCAGCUGCAUCCUGAAAUACGUGGACGAGGCGUUUACACUGUUCAUUGUGGGCUGGCGCGGCACUUCCAGCCUGCGCGCCUAUGUCGAUCGUGACGAGACGAUUCACAUUCUGCGCCUUCUGGGCGCCGACCUCAGCAAAUUUGAGGUCAACAAAUACGAGAAGGCGAAGGAGGCCGCCGCUGCCGCGGCUGCUGCAGCAGCGGCUGCGGGCGAUGCUGCCGAGCAAAAGAAUGACGAGGCGGAAGAAGUGAUGGAGAGCUCAGAAAAGGAGUAGCAUAUACACAUAUUGUAAUUAAAUAUAACUUAUCUGACAAAUUUGUACAUCGAGUUUGAAUAAUGAAACUCCGUCAA